AUGAUCAUCCCAUCUAAUAACAUCAACACCCAAGAACUCAUCACCUAUUUGACCAAUACCACCACACCACAUGACCCUUCAAACAACUUCCUCACAAAUUUCCCCAUCACCAAUUACACUAACAAUCACGACCCACAACUACUCACUAACUUCCCAAGCCACCAACCUUUCGGGCCAGGCCCGAACCCGAACCCGAGCAACAACUCGACCUCGGACGAGGACUUGAUAGACGAGCGUAAACGGAGGAGGAUGAUCUCGAACCGCGAGUCGGCCCGCCGGUCGAGGAUGAGGAAGCAGAGGCACCUGGACGAGCUGUGGGCCCACCUCGUACGCCUCAAAAACGAGAACCGAGGCCUGGCCGACCGGCUCAGGGGGCUCGGAGAGACCCACGAGAGGGUCGUCCAGGAGAACGACUUCCUCAAGGAGGAGGCUUCCGACCUCCGGGGGAUGGUUCGGGACUUGCAGAUGAACCCCUUUAUGAACUAG